AUGGAGGCACAGGAAAAGAAAAAUAAAGCUUUUGAUCCUUGUCCGACCAUUCCGGUAUCAAAAGAUGAGUUCGAUGAAUGGUGCAAGCCAUGGCAUGCUGCUUUAGUUGUCAAAUUUUUGGGCAAAAAAGUCGGCCUGGGAUUCAUGGAACAACGUCUAACUAGGGAUUGGGUUAAGAAAGGUAAGAUAAAUGUUAUUGAUAUGGAUCGUGACUAUUUUCUGGUUCAUUUUUCAGAUGAGGAGGACUACUCACACGCUCUCUUGGAUGGACUAUGGAUGAUCGCAGUGCAUUAUCUCAUUGUUCAGAGGUGGAGACCAUUCUUUCUGACAUCGGAGAGUACGGUUAAGAAGAUUGCGGCAUGGUUCCGUAUUCCGAAUCUUCCUAUAAAGCUGUAUAAUCAUCGGUUUCUAUGGCAAGUUGGAUCAGCUAUUGGAACCAUGCUAAAGAUUGAUCGAGCUACCUCCAUUCACUCGAGAGGGAGGUUUGCCAGAAUUUGUGUUGAGAUUGACUUGACAAAAAAAUUAGUUCCGAGAAUCUCAGUUUUGGGAAGCACUCUUAAUAUUGAGUACGAAGGACUUCAUCUCAUUUGCUUUCAGUGUGGAAAAUACGGUCAUCGUAGUGAUCAGUGUAGCGAAGUCGCUGUACGUGUGGAAGGCUCACCGAAGGAUGGGAAUGUCGAAACGCCGGUCGAGGAGAAGGAGGGUCAGCCAGAAGGCUCAAUCACGGGGGAUCUUGCUAUCCAGAGCAAGUGCGCGAAUCAAGGGGUUAAUUGCGUUGAUCAGGCUCCUGCUGAUUUUGGUCCCUGGAUGAUGGUCAAACGAUCACUAAGGAAAAAAAAAACAGAAAAGAUAUGA